AUGCCGAACCAGAUUUCUAAGCAGUGGUACAAGGACGAGUACCUCAUCUCCACCGAUCGGUCGCUGCUCGACCUCAACGCCAUAAACGAUGCCUAUGACUCCGAGCUGCUGUGGUGGACGAAGCGCGUUCCCGAUGUCGCUCUGCGGAGGCUCAUAGACAACUCGCUGUGUCUGGGGGUGUACAAGCUCCCCCAGGCUACUGCCGACAUUGCAGGGAAGAAAGGUCCCGAACUGGUGGGCUUCGCCCGUAUCGUGACCGACUACGCGACGAUUGGGUAUCUGGCGGACAUAUACGUUCUGCCGUCGCACCAGGGCAAGGGGCUAGCGCCGUGGCUGAUGCAAUGCCUGAAUGAGAUCUUGGACGAAUGGCCCGACUUGCGGCGCUUCCUCCUCCUGACGUCUUCGCCACAGGCGAGCAAGUUGUACGAGCAGGCCUUGGGAACGUCCGAAUGGGGCGUGUCACAUUCGGGGAAGCUGUAUCUGCUUGAGAAGCGGGGCCCCGCCAUGCCCAAUGGUCCGUCGGACGAGGAGGAUGAGGAUUGA